UUGCUCUCUGCUGGGUGUGUGUUUGUGUGUGCGUGCCAGGGUGCGUGUGUGUGUGGGUUGUUUUUUUUUCUAAAGAUGCCGAGGAAGAAGAACUUCAGGAUUUCGCAGGCGGCUCGGAGGAGUGCUGCGGACAGACGGACCCUUGACGUUUCUCCUCAGCUUCCCAUGGACCGCUGUGCACCGCGUGGCACUGGGCACCGGCACAAGGUGAGGAGGUGGGAGGUGUCGGUGCUCACCGGGCGGCAGCACAAGUUGGUUCUUCCGCCGGAGUCCCACGGCAAAAAGGUGGUUUUUGCUAUUGGUGACUCCCAUCUUCGAAGCCUUGCAGAUGGCAUCGUGCGGUUGCCUGAGGGUCGUCUGGCGUGGGGGUUCAUGUCAACGCCGGGGGCAAGCGCCACCGAGUUGAGAACUGAGGUGCUUCAUGCUGAGGUGCCUCAGGAUCCCGACUUGGUGUGCGUCUUGGCUCCGAGCAACGACUUGACCGCCAAGCACACCAUCGGUCGUGCGGCUGCAGACUUCGAGCGGUACCUGGCCACCGUCUGCAGUCGCUGGCCGAAGGUGUGUGUGCUGGACUUUCCUCCGAGGUUGACCGUUGAGGACUCCCUGCAAGAGCUCUACCGCCAGGAGUUCCACCGGGUGGCAGCCCGCAUGGCUGUGAAGUACUUCCACAUCGCGGACCACUUCCCCCGGCAGUGUCUCAACCUGUGGAGUCGCGAUGGUGUCCACCUGAGUGAUGACGUCGGCAUGGAGAUCUUCGCCCAGCUGCUGUGGACGGUUGCUUACACGCAACUGGAGACCGUGCCGCCAGCCCCGCCGGUGUCUCGUCCAUCCCCACCUUCUCGCUUCACUCCCCGUGUGGUUGUGAAGGGAGAGGUGAGGGUGCGUCGCAGCCCUGGCCCCGAGGAGUGGACUGUCGUUGGUCCGAGCGGCAAGUCCUCUGGAGGAUGCAGUGCAGUUCAGCGGGAGCCGGCUGGCAUCCCCCUGAAUCCUGUGCUGUUCAGCAGUGAGAUGUUGGAGGAGAUGGAGAAGGUUUCUCCAUCAAAUCUGACAUCUCCUGCUGACUUCGCUGGUGUUUCACCGCCAAAGACGCUGCGUGUGAAACACCACUCCAAGAGGACUCGAAGGGCCGCAUCCAGCCGAGGGAUUUCUUCUGACUCCAAGGCCGCUCUGGAGUCGAAGAAGGUCAGGGCAACGUCCAGGCAUCCGGUCCCUUCUGGCCGCACUGACGAGAGGACGGUUGAGACAACACAGAGCCCGGGUGUGUUGUCUUCUACUGAUGAAGAUGAGGCAACUACUGCGAAGGUAAGUGAGGUGAGUAUGGGUAAUGUUGAUGUUGUUAGGGGUUCAGUUCACCAGGGGCACAGUCGGUUUAGGAAUCCGGGAGUUCAGUGUAUGGCGAUAGGGUUGGUUAGUUUGGCCAGACAUAUGGUGUCUAGUGUGUUCAAUUGGAAGACAGAAGAUUUAGAUUUAGCUCUGUGGUUAGGAGAUCAGCUUUAUACACAUCUGAAGGACCAUGGUCUAAUUCCUCCAGGAGAAGACUUUUUGAUGAUCCCAGAGUUGCCGAACGACCACGUUUUAUACUGGCAGAACUUUAAGUUUGCGUUCCCUGAGACUGUCAGUGGUGAUGUCACUGUGACUGAAGGAGAGUUCAUUGAGUGUGGAGCAUUUCCCAUCUAA